UUUCUUAUUCUUCCAUAUUGUGAGCUCGGGAAGUAACAAUUUUGGUUCGAUGUUUGCAGGGUUUGGAAUGAGGUCCCUAUUCUUGUUUUCAUCAGCAUGCUUUCGUAUUUUUGUUUUCUUGAGCAACUUAUGGUUGGAGAAAUGGGCAUUGGUGCAAUUGCUAUCUCUCUUCCAUUCUCAUGUGUGCUAGGCCUUCUUUCAUCCAUGGUUUCGUCGACAAUGGUGGCGCGAAGAUUUGUGUGGCUUUAUGCAUCAAUUCAAUUUGUUUUGGUUGCUGCUUUUGCUCAUAUAUUUUAUUCGACGGUGAAAAUACAAGCAAUUCUAUCGAUUCUCCUUGCAACUUUUUCUGGAUUCGGUGUCGCAAUGAGUGGGAGUUCGUUCGUAGUUGAGAUCCUACGAUGCAGAAGAAGAUGGCAGCGGGGUAGGUCGGAGCAGCACGGUACACAUCAGACGGGUCCUAUGGUUCUUUAA